AAGAUGAAGAAAUAUAUAUUGAUGAUAAUAAUUUUUCAAGUAUGGAAUUAGAAAUUAUAGAUAAGAAUAAUGACAAUAAAUAUUUAACAGAAUCAGUUGAUAGUAGUUUUUAUGAAACUGAAGAAAGUGAAGAAGAAACGAAUGAACCUGAGAUUGCAAAUACAACUACUUUACUUGGAAGUAGUACUUAUUCUACUAUAAGCUUUAUGUUACCAGAAAUUAAAGUAUUAUUACAAAAUUGUAAACCUAAAGCAAGUGAUUAUGAGAAUUAUCAAAUUGAAUCUAAAUCUGAUAAUAUAAAUUUUGAUGAUAUUACUACAAUAUUUGAUAAAGAAGAAAUUAUUGUAGAUUAUGAUUAUGAUAAUAAAAUCGAAAUUACUAUAGAUGCUAAGAAAAUAAAUGUAAAUGAGUCUAUUGAAACUAAGAGACUAGUAUAUAAAAUCCACGAUAUAAAAAAAUGGAUAAAUUUUUUGAAUGAGAAUGAGAGCAAGCAAUUGAAGCUAUAUGAGAUUUAG